GGGACGGUUCUCUCUCUCUCUCUCUCUCUCUCUGACUCUGACCACCAUAAAUUCCGUACAAGCCACCGCCCACGUCCCAUGUCUCUCCCACCCAUAGAUUCCGGCUCCUCCUUCAUCUUCUUCUUCACGAGGUCAAGAUUCAAGAACAAGUUGUCGCGACGAUGGAAAUUGCGAGUGGAGCAGCGACGGGGUUGGGCUUGUUGAAGUGGGAGUGGGAGUUCGACACGGAGCAUCUGGGGUGGAUGGUGGACUUCCUCAAGGGGAUGCUGAAGCCGCUGAUGGCGCUCGCGGUGGUCCUCAUGGCGGUUGCCCUCUCCUACGCCCAGAGGCUCCGCCUGGAGCGAGAGAUGCUUUACGCCAUCUUCAGGGCUUUCCUUCAGCUCUCCGUCGUUGGCUUCGUCCUCCAGUUCAUCUUCAACAGCCAGAACAUCGCCUGGAUCGUCCUCGCUUACCUUUUCAUGGUCUCGGUUGCCGGAUACACGGCCGGUCAACGCGCCAAACAUGUUCCACACGGCAAAUACAUAGCCGGAGCCUCGAUCCUCGCCGGAACCGCGGUGACUUUGUUCUUGCUCGUCCUGCUCAAUGUGUUUCCCUUCACUCCUAGGUACAUCAUCCCCGUCGCGGGGAUGAUGGUGGGAAAUGCAAUGACGGUCACCGGUGUCACCAUGAAAAGACUUCGGGAUGAUAUCAGGACCCAAAUGAACCUGGUGGAGACUGCAUUGGCUCUCGGCGCAACCCCGUGCCAAGCGACAUUCCAACAAGUGAAGAGGGCAUUGGUCAUCGCGCUCUCCCCGGUGAUCGACAAUGCGAAAACCGUGGGCCUCAUCUCGCUUCCGGGCGCGAUGACGGGCCUGAUAAUGGGAGGGGCUUCUCCGAUCGAAGCCAUCCAGCUGCAGAUUGUGGUGAUGAACAUGCUGAUCGGCGCGUCCACCGUCAGCAGCAUCAUGUCCACGUACCUGUGUUGGCCGGGAUUCUUCACCAAGGCUUAUCAGUUGGAAGCCAAGGUCUUCUCCUCCGAGUGAUGUUUGAUUCGAGCGUCUGUCCACAAAAAUAACCCGAGUGCAACUCGAAACCGAGACACGAACGGGAUUAAGGAGAACUUCAGAAGAUGGAUUACAGAAAUUGUAGAACUUCAUUUUUUUUUGCACCAUAUUGAGUUAUCAAUCAUUAGUCAAGUGGGAAGCUUUUGACAUUUUCGCUUUGAUUGCUUGCUGAGAAUCAACCUCCUAUGUUGCUCGUUGGCUUCACACAACAAAAUCACAAUUGGUCUCG